CGAGAACGCCCUCAGACACCACAGACACCGAACCAGUCGCGUCUCGGCACAUGAACCAGAUGAUCUUCCAUCAUCCACCCGCUCUUACCACCACCUCCCAACCCCGUAGCGUGGUGGCGUGUUGCGCCAUUGUACAUCCUGCUACCACCCACUUCCUCUUUCUGCUCUACCUAAUUGGAUGCUAUAAAGUUUGCGCCACUCAUUACACAGAGAACAGCACGUUCGAGACACUCUUCCUCCUGGUUAUAGUGUCAGUACUUAAGCAUCGUAUGUCGUAUCUUAUUCUGCCCUUCUCUGGCGUACGCAUCUUCUAGCAUACGGUUCUCGUUCACAUUAUAUCAACCCCCCUUUUGACCUGUAUCUUCUUGCCACAAACCCGUACCUUGUUGAUACCCACAAUGCGCUCGAGCACGCACACAUUCCCUCGAGCGUAACUGUAACUGCAGCCAGUAGAGUAAAUAUUAAUACUCACUCCCAAGCCGGGAGCAGAUACAAUUAUCUAGCAGCAUUAUUGAGAUCGAAGUAGAGCACUGCGUAUAUGCAUUCCAGUGCGGGUCUUCUCGCAGCCU